CUAAUUUCCUGAGAAUCAAGCGUCGACUGCAUGCCUUUAGUUUUCAAAAACAGAAUUGAUCAUAUCGGUCCUCGGAGUAAGUCUUGGUGGAUAGCUUUUUCUGCCAAUGCUCCUCAAAACUUCUGAUCUUGAGGUAAGACGUCCAUGUCGUGAUAAGUAAAGAAUUUAUGAUUAGUCUAGUCAUGUCAUGAAGCGCUUAGUAAGAUAACAUGCGGAUUAGAAUCCAUGUCGAUUGAUUAUGAUGGGAUAACCAGGAAAAAGGUAAUACCUUUCUCAGCGUCUUGGCUUCUUAAGAUCCAAGCAUAUAUCCGAGAAAUAUAGGGACACAAUUUUUUAGAACGAAAAAAAAUGUCUUUUCAACGAUCUGUUAGAGCUCAGUCAUUGAAUCAACCAUCGCCAUUGGCUGAGAGAAUAACUUAUGAAGAGCCUUUAACAAAUAAAACGGCUCAGAGCACCGUCACCUGCGUCUACCUAGCCAAUGUUGCAGGAUAUUGGCGUAAUGUGACGGUUUUAUGGUGUAAGAACCUCAUGAACCAUUCCUUCAGCAUUAAGGUGGAUAGUCUAGAAGGCGAUUAUCAUUUUUCUUGCAAGAUUGACCUCAAGCCUUGGCAUUUUUGGAGCAAAAAAGGCUAUAAGUCAUUUGAGGUGGAAGGGAAUCAAGUGGAGGUCUACUGGGAUCUCCGUUCGGCCAAAUUUUCCGGCGGGCCUGAACCGUUUGCGGAUUAUUAUAUUGCUCUAGUUUCAGAUGAAGAGGUGGUGUUGUUAUUGGGAGACUAUAAGAAAAAGGCAUAUAAGAGAACAAAAUCCAGGCCGGCCCUUGUUGAUGCUGUGCUAGUUUACAAGAGAGAGAACGUAUUCGCCAAGAGAAGCUUCUCUACAAGAGCUAAAUUGGACGAGAGAAAAGAACACGAAAUUGUUGUGGAGAGCUCGACAUCGGGACCUAGAGACCCCGAAAUGUGGAUAAGCAUUGAUGGGAUCGUGUUGAUUCACGUUCGGAAUUUACAAUGGAAGUUCAGAGGGAACCAGACCGUCCAAGUUAACAAGCACCCGGUGCAAGUGUUCUGGGAUGUACAUGACUGGCUAUUUAGUAGCCCUGGCCUGGGGCAUGGUUUGUUUAUAUUCAAGCCAGGCGCACCGGAUCAAUGUGACAGUGACAGCAGAGAAUGCAGCAACCAUGGAGGAGGUGGUGAUAGCGAUGGAAGCUCCAGUGGGUAUUAUUCUACUAAGAGUAAUCUAACAGCCUCCGAAUUCAGUCUUUUUCUUCAUGCUUGGAAAAUUGACUGACUAGUAAGAGAGACUGAUCACUUCUCUUAAUUGAACAACACCGUUUUAGCAAAAUGACAAUGAACAGCUGCAUUUGUAAGUUUAAUUAAUUAGACAUUAAUUCAUGGGUACUCUUAAACCCCUUUAAUUAUUGUUGCAAAAAAAAAAAAAAAUGUGAAUUGAUUUCGGGAAAUGAAAACAGCUAUAUGGACUGCACUGUGUU